CGCGGUCUAUUCUGCAGUGAGCAGGUGCAGCCGGUCCUUCACCUGGAUACCAAAACAACACGUCUCCCGUUAUCCGAGGAUAUUUUCGGUUACGCUGGCUCUGUUUGUAUGAAAUCACAAUAACACUGUGUCGUUCUCUUUCGCGAUAUGCACGAUGAGUAUUAGCCAGCCGGUCGUGUAGAGGGUCCCUCACAUCCCACCUGCAGUCAUGAAUGGUGGUUUUAAUAUUUGGGCUAUAACUCCAGAAGAGAGGGGGAAACAUGACAAACAGUUUGACUCUCUGGCUCCCACUCUGGGUUAUUUGUCAGGAGAUCAAGCACGAAAGUUCUUCUUACAAUCUGGUCUUGCCACAGCAGUCCUAGCAGACAUCUGGGCAUUGGCGGAUAUUGGAAAGAAUGGGAAGAUGGACAGAUUGGAGUUCUCUAUUGCAAUGAAACUAAUUAAACUGCAGCUGCAGGGUCAACCUCUCCCGUCCAACCUGCCAAUCAUCAUGAAGCAGACGCCUACCCCUGCUAUGACACCAUCAUCACGCUUUGGUAUGGGCUCCAUGCCAAAUCUGUCUGCCAUGUCAGUAAUGCCCAUCCUAACUCCCAUCCCCGCAGCCUCUGCUAUGACCCCUUUGGUUCCUGUGCCCACCCUGAUGUCAGGACCAUUGCCUCAGAUGCCCAGCUCUCUCAGUGUGCCAGCUUUACCUAACGGCAAUGCAACUCUCUUCACACCAACACCAGCAUUCCCAGUGUCCAGUGGAUUGAGUAAAUCUCACUCGCUCUUGGACCUUGUCUCUAGCAGUUCUAACUCUUCCUCCACCACCUCCCUUGCGAGUAAUUCCCCCAAAAUGAAUGCAUCUGAUUGGGCGGUGCCUCAGUCAUCCCGUCUGAAAUACCGACAGCAGUUCAACAGUCUAGACAAGCUGAUGAGUGGAUACCUGUCAGGUCCCCAGGUCAGAAAUGCCCUCACAGCAUCAAACCUCACACAAACACAGCUUGCCACCAUAUGGGCUCUUGCUGAUGUAGAUCGUGAUGGGCAGUUGAGAGCGGAAGAGUUUAUUCUAGCAAUGCACCUGGUUGAUAUGGCCAAGACUGGGCGGCCCUUACCUCUGACUCUACCUCCUGAUCUUGUGCCACCUUCACUCAGACAAGCAAAGUCAUGUGACCUGCUGAACGGACCUGUUCCUUCGAUUAACACUGAGCUGAUUGAGUCAGAACAUCCACAGAAAAGCAAGAGUAAUGUGUCAUUUGAGGAUAAAUUCAAGGAGAAUUUCCAGAGAGGAAAUGCAGAGCUGGAAAAACGACGUCUGGCUCUGCAGGAGGAGCAAAAGAGAGAGGAGGAGAGGAGGAGAGAAGAGGAGAGACGAGAGGAGGAGAGGAGACGACAGAAGGAGAGGGAGGAAAGAGAACAAAAGGAGAGAGAAGACCUGGAGAUGGACCUGAGGAGACAGAGGGAAGAGGAGAGGAGGAUAGAGAGGCAGAGAGAGCUGGAGCGACAGAGAGAAGAAGAAAGACUGAAAGAAUUAGAGCGACGAGAGGAAGAGGAGCGACAGAGGCGAAUGGAAUGGGAGAAGAGUAAACGAGUGGAGCUUCAGACACAGAGAGAAAAAGAGCAGAGUGACAUACAGAGACUUAAAGACAGGAAGAGGAAUCUCGAGAUAGAGCUGGAGGCGGUGGGUAACAAGCAUAAGCAGAUCUCUGAUAGGCUGCGGGACGCCAAGAGUAAGAGGCAGAUCCAGAGGACUGAGCUAGACCUGAUCAAUCAGAAGAGAGAUAGUCGUAUUACGGAUAUCAAUUCCCUACAGUUGCAGUUUGAGGAAAUUCAGAGGCAGCUGAGUCGCCUUGGUCCUGAGAAGCAGCGACUGACAGAGAGACUUCUACAUAUUAUCCAAAACAACUCAAGUCCUUUGAUAAAUGAUGUGAAACAGAGUUUGUGCGAGAAAGAUCUGAGCUGUCGGAAGCUGAAGGAGCAGCUGGAUGUUUUGGAGAGAGAGACCACUGCGAAACUCUCACAAAUGGAGCAGUACAACAGAGAAAUCAAGUUUGUAGAAAUGGAUGACUGUGUGCUUCAAGGACUUCUCUCUUUGCUGGGCUGCCUAACCAAUCUCUUCCUUCUAAUAAAGGACUUGAGACAGAGGCAGAGCCAGCAGCAGGACGUCCUAGAGCAGCUCAGGAGGGUGAGAUCUGAGAAACUUAAAGAGCUACAGAGACACAGGAAAGAGGAGGAGGAGAGGAAGAGGAAGAAAGAGGAGGAGGCUGCCAGACAGGCGAAGCUGGAACAGGAGCGUCUAGAGCAGGAGGAAGCAGAGCGUCAGAGGAUGCUUGCCCAGGAGCGAGAAGCCAAACUCAGGGAAGAACAGCAGCGUCAGGCCCAAGCCAGACUUCAGGAAGCCCAGGAGCAGGCGCGAGAGAAAGAGGAGAAGAAGAGGGCGGAGGAGAGAGAGAGGGAGGAGAAGGAGAGAGAAGAGAGAGAAAGAAAUGAACUGGCUCUACACACUCAGCCCUCCAUGACAUACAAUAGCACAGAGAACAAAAGCUUGCAGCCAGUGGUGACUACUGAAGCUACUUGUGCUGCCCUCACCACCUACAGAGCUCUCUAUCCCUUCACAGCACGCAACUCUGAUGAGCUCACACUGGAGGCAGACUGUCUGAUCGAGGUAGAUGAAUCAACAGUUAGAGAGACAGGCUGGCUGUAUGGGAGUUACCGUGGUAACAGCGGCUGGUUUCCAGAGAGUUAUGCUGAGAGAUGCAGCAAAGACACUCAGACUGAACGGACUGCAGCCGAUUCACAAUCCACAGCGCCCUCUACCAACUACCCUGGAAUUCCUCGGGUGGACAUAGAAGGACCAACACCAACACACACACCAGUGUCUUCAAACACACAGCACUCACAGGCUGUAGCUCUGUGUGAAUGGAGCGCUAAGACUGACAGUCACCUGGGCUUCUCUAAAGAUGACGUCAUCAGAGUUCUGGAGAAGCAGGAGAACUGGUGCUACGGAGAGCUCAGAGAGAGCCGGGGCUGGUUCCCUUGCUCAUAUGUCUCCGUGGUUAUCACCAAUAACACACAGACUGACUUUCGUGUUGUUUGUGUCUCUUCUAGGCCGUUAUAUUCUACUGUGGACGAGAUAGACCUUUCAGAUUCUGGUCCGUUUGAGGAGUAUGUGGCUCUGUACACAUAUGAGAGUCCAGAGUCAGGUGACCUGAUGUUCUGUGCUGAGGAUGUUGUCCUGGUAACAGAGAGGGAAGGAGAAUGGUGGAGAGGGUGCAUCGGUGACCAGUCUGGCCUCUUCCCUUCCAACUACGUUAAACCCAAAGAGCCUGAUACUGCCAAUCCUGGAGUUCCCGGUAAAAAGCCAGAGAUUGCUCAGGUGACUACGGCCAAUGCUGCCAAAACACCAGAACAACUGAGUCUGACACCUGGUCAGCUUAUUGUGGUGCUGCAUAAGAACUCUAACAGCUGGUGGCUGGGUGAACUACAGGCACGGGGUAAAAAGCGUAAAAAGGGCUGGUUCCACUCCUCUAAUGUCAGAUUACUGGAGGCCAACAGCGGAAAAAUAACUCCAGCAUCUCAGCCUUUGUGUCAGGUUAUUGCAAUGUAUGACUACAAAGCAGCCAAUAAGGAUGAGAUGAGCUUCCAAAAAGGUCAGCUGAUCACCGUGCUCAACAAGGACAACCCUGACUGGUGGAAAGGAGAGGUCGCUGGGGUCAUAGGGCUGUUUCCAACUAAUUAUGUGAAGAUGACCACAGAAUGUGAUCCCAGCCAGCAAUGAUGAUAGCUCUGGCCCCUCCUUCCUCUUCCGCCUCUCUUUUCUGGACCAAUCAGAACACUGCUCUGGUCCAGGAAGCAGACUCAAGACUGACUAGAUUUGUUUGGAUUUAACCCCUCCUCUUCUACUAUAUCUGUUUAGACUUGGCUUAAAUCACAAAUGAACCCAUGAGUUUACCUCCACUGGCUUUAGGACAUAUUUUUCUUACUGUUUAAUUGGGAAAUGUUUAAUCUGGAAAAGAUAUCACUUGCUUCUUUUCUCUGUUUAUUUUAGGAAGUGACAUGAAUUAAAGGGGCCAUAUCAUGAGUAACUGAACUUUCCU